AUGGCGCUGCGCAGCGUGGCCUUGAUCGCGCCGCCGCGCGUCGCGAUCGCCAUCGGCCGGCGGCAGCUCAGCGCGGCCGUGCCCGGCGUGCCCGCUGGCGCGGCCCUGCGCCUGCUGGGCUACCAGAUCUGCCCCUUUUGCCACACGGUGAAGAGCGUCGCGCGCCACGCGUCGCUGCCGCUGGCCUACACGGAGGUGAACCCGCUGACGAAGAAGCAGAUCGCCUUCUCGACGGCGCACCGCAAGGUGCCCAUAGCCGUCUUCGACGACGGGACCGUCGUCGUCGAAUCCGCGGACAUCGUCGACGCGGUCCUCGCGCGCGCGCCGCCGGCCUCCGACGCCUUCGCGAGCGCCGAGGCGCGGAUCUGGGCGUCCUGGGCCCUCGCCGAGCUCGCGGUGAUGAUGUACCCGAACAUCACGCGGUCCUACGCGGAGUGCAAGCUCGCGCUCUCGUACGCCGACGCCGCGUUCUCGCCGUUCGACGCGUUCCUCGUCAAGCACGUCGGCGCCUUCGGCAUGUCCAUGGCCCACGGCAAGAUCAAGCAGAAGUACGGCAUCGACGACGAGCGCGCGGCCCUCAUGGAGAAGCUCGCGGUCUGGGACGCGGAGCUCGGCGACCGCGACUUCCGCGGCGGCGACGCGCCGGAUCUGGGGGACGUCACGGUCUUCGGCGUCCUCGGCGCCGUCGGGGGGCUCCCCGCCCGCGAGGACGUCGUCCGCGACAGCCCCAAGGUCGCCGCGUGGCUCGCGCGCGUGGACGCCGCGCUCCCGCCGCCGGUCGUCGUGGAGGGCUAA